GAGGAGGAGCGAGAGUGGGGAGAGGACUCAGGAGAGAGAGAGAGGGGGAGGGAGAGAGGGAAGGAGAGGGAGAGAGAAGGGAGAAAAAAAAAAUGUAAAAGGAGAAAAGGAAAAGAAAUUCCCUUCGGAUUUCCUCUGACAAGAUUUACCAAAUCUUCUGUUCUUCUCUUCCUGAACUUCCUCCUCCUUUUUGUUUUUGUUUUGUUUCUUUCUUGGUAUUCUUUUUUGUUUUCUUGUAGAGGAAUCAUUGAAUCCCUCUGUCAGAUCGCCUUCUCUAAUCCAAGAUCACAGGGCUUUCUGAAAUUCCCCGUCUGCGUGCAUUGUCCCUCUCGAUUCUUCUUGCUUUUCCGUCCUGUUUCUUCUCGGAGUCGCUCUCUCGAUCCCUUUCUUCUUCCGUUGCAGGCAACGAUCUUCGCAAUUUUGGGGGUUGGGGGGUUAGGACUAGAAUUUGUGUACUCUUUACAGGGGAUGGAAUCUUCUGGUGGCAGCAGUCCGGAAGUCUACCGCAGCUCGCGGCGAUUCGGCGUUCGUUUCUCUCCAGCGAAUUUCAUCCAGGCGCCCCUUUCGGCUUUGAUCGAGUACUCCGGCAUAUUCCGCGGUCGGUCGGUGCAUCACGAGGCAGAGCCGCUCGUAUCCGAAGGUGUUACCGCGGUUGACGGUUUGGUAUCCGGCUUUCGGGAGCGGUUGGAAGAGGCGGCUGCUCGUGGCACCGGUGCGGAAGUGUCGAUCAGGAUAAUUGGGGUCGGAGAGCAGGAACACGUUAGGGUUUCUUCGGCGUCGGCGGAGGGAGCAGGGGUCAGGACGGCGGAACCGGGGAGGUUGUCGUCCGGGGAUGUACAGGGGGUAGCAGCCGGCGGUGGGGGCGGGAUUGGCGAGACGGCGUUGCCGCCUUCGCCCCUAGCGGCAGAUGGAGGGCCGGGAUCGCCGGAUGGAGGUGCAGAAGGAGAGAGUGCAAGCGGGUCACCGGUGGUAGGGACGACGAAUGGACGGGAAACAUCCUAUCAGAGGUACGAUAUUCAACAAUUGGCGCGUUGGAUAGAGCAGAUUCUACCUUUCACCCUUCUUCUGCUGGUAGUCUUCAUUCGGCAGCAUUUGCAGGGAGUUGCAGGUUUCUUUGUCACAUUUUGGAUUGCUGCAGUGAUGAUAAAGUCAAAUGACGUGCUGCGGAAGCAAACAGCACUCAAGGGCGAGAGGAAAGUUCCCGUUCUUGUUGGCAUCAUAUUGGUAUCUAUACUUCAUACGGUUGGGGUUUACUGGUGGUAUAGAAAUGAUGACCUUCUCUACCCACUUGUCAUGCUUCCACCAAAAUCAAUACCGCCAUUUUGGCAUGCUAUAUUUAUCAUUGUGGUGAAUGAUACCAUGGUUCGCCAGGCAGCAAUCAUCUUCAAGUGUGUAUUACUCAUUUACUAUAAGAAUAGCAGAGGUCGCAAUUACAGGAAGCAGGGUCAGAUGCUCACCUUAGUUGAGUAUUUUCUACUUUUGUACCGUGCCUUGCUUCCUACUCCUGUUUGGUAUAGAUUCUUCUUGAACAAAGACUAUGGGAGUCUCUUCUCAUCUCUUACAACAGGGCUUUACCUAACAUUUAAGUUAACAUCAAUAGUGGAGAAGGUCCAAUGUUUUUUUGCUGCUUUGAAGGCUUUGUCCCGUAAAGAGGUGCAUUAUGGGUCUUAUGCUACACCAGAACAGGUUAAUGCAGCUGGUGACCUCUGUGCUAUCUGCCAGGAGAAGAUGCAUGCUCCAAUUUUACUGCGUUGUAAACAUAUCUUCUGUGAAGAUUGUGUGUCAGAAUGGUUUGAGAGGGAGCGAACAUGUCCCCUAUGCAGAGCGUUGGUGAAACCAGCAGAGCUUAGAUCAUUCGGGGAUGGUUCCACAAGCCUGUUCUUUCAGCUAUUCUAACAAUGGUUGUAUGGUGUAAAGACGGUGUGCUUUUCUUGUCCUCCCUGCGGCAAUCAGCAUUCUUCCAUGCCAGAAGCUGCACCUAGCUCAUGAUACUAAGUCUCCUGGAAAGUAUCUAUAAUGGAAAUAGUGUAAUCAUAUGUUGUACGAGGAUGCCCUCUCUAGAGGAGUCUGGGUAAAUAAUAAUCAUCAUAUAAUCUAGUUUAUUCGACAAAAAAGGUUCCACUAAUGUGUGUGUGUGUUCUACUCGUGAAAAUGCUUCAAGAUUGUAUAUACACAUGCACACAGUUUAUGAGCCUGCGCCUUGCAUAGCUAGAUUUACUAGCUUAGCACCAGUUUUGUUUUCACCCUAUCUUCUUGUCAGUUGUAUUUUAGAUAAAAGGAGGCUUAAAUGUCUGCAAGGACGCUGUGCAGCUGCUUAGGUGGGUUGGCUCAAGGCAUUCAAAGAAGAUGAUAACAAGAGCUCGGUACUCAAGGUGCGCAUCCUUUGCUACAAAGCUGACUUGUUGGAUAUGUAUUAGGUUUUCCAUCCGUGAGGAAGCGACUGUCAAAAGAAUGUGUGAGUGUGUCUAACCGGAUUUGAACGCUAUGCUUUAUCUGCUAUAAUUUCAACUGAAUGUUCUUUUCCUUGUUUUUAA